AUGAGGCCGGGCGCCCUUCCUGGUACAGAUACCAUUGGUGAUCUCCCAGCUGUGGGCAAUGGAGCCUUAAAAGGAAACAUGGAGUAUCAAAACGAUCCUGUAUCAUGGUUUCAAAAGAAGAUUCGUUGUGAAAUGGUUGUCUUGACUGAUCAUAUUUCCAAGGAGAUGAACGAAUUGAACUUGAUUCGAUGCCAGAAAAUUCCCAAGAUGCCAGGUGCUGAUUGGCGUGAUCUUCUAGAGGAAAAGGUAACAUUGUCUAAUGGACAAGUUGUUGAUUUGAUACCAUGGUGCUUGCCCAACACGGCUAAGCGACACAAUCAAUGGAAGGGACUAUUUGGUAGGUUGGNUUGGCAAGGGAAUUUCCCAACUUCCAUUACAGACCCUCAGCCAAUGGGGAAGGUUGGAAUGUGCUUCCACCCUGACCAAGAUAGGAUUGUUACUGUUCGUGAGUGUGCUCGAUCUCAAGGCUUUCCAGAUAGCUAUAAAUUUUCUCGCAAUAUCAUUCACAAGCACAGACAGAUUGGUAAUGCUGUGCCUCCUCCUCUGGCAUUUGCAUUAGGGCGAAUGCUGAAGGAAGCAGUGAACAGAGUUUUGGCAUGGGAAGCAGAUGAUGAUGUUACAUAUGAUGCUGGUGCUGUUAAAAGCGAAGACGCGUGA